UUUAGAACUGCUAAAGAAGCUGAAUUACAAGAGAAACGAGCACUUGAACGUGGUGAAACCUUACCUAAUGAAGCAAGAUUUGAUUCUAAUUGUAUUACUCCAGGUACAGAAUUUAUGACACGUUUACAUGAAGUAUUAAAAUAUUUUGUAGUAUCAAAAAUUUCUACAGAUAAAGCAUGGCAAGAUAUGAAAAUAUACUUAUCUGGUCAUGAGACACCAGGAGAAGGUGAACAUAAGAUAAUGGAUUUUAUUCGUCAUGAAAGAUCUCAACCUGGGUAUGAUCCAAAUACUAGGCAUUGUUUGUAUGGUUUAGAUGCUGAUUUAGUAAAUUUAAAAAUUAUCCUGAACUCUUUUUUCAUGUUGAAAACUUUAUCUUUUCCAUAUAAUCUGGAAAAUAUUAUUGAUGAUUGGAUCUUAAUGGGAUUUUUAGUUGGAAAUGAUUUUAUUCCUAAUUUACCUUAUCUUCAUAUACAACACGAUGCUCUUAGAAUUUUAUAUAAAGUAUAUAUCAAAGUAUUGCCAACUUUAGAUGGUUAUAUAAAUGAAAAUGGAAAACUUAAUUUACAGAGAUUUGAAAAAUAUUUAAAAGAAUUAUCACAGCAUGACUAUGAAAAGUUCAAUGAUACUUAUGCUGAUUUGAAAUAUUGGGAAGAAAAGUGGAAGAAAACUGGAAAAAAAUUAGAUUCUGAUGAAAAAAUUGACAAGAAAUCAAUGGAUUUUCUCAAUUGUCUAGAUAAAUUGAAUGAUAAAAUGGAUUCUCUUAGUGUAGAAGAGAAUAAUACAUCAGAUGACAAUAGUGAUAGUAGUGAAGAAUUAUUUGAAUUAGAAUUUCAGCAGCAUAAGCGAAAUUAUUACAUGAAUAAAUUAGAUUACGAAAAUGUUACUAUAGAAGUGUUAAAAGAACAAGCAUACUGUUAUGUACAAGCCAUUCAGUGGAAUCUUCAUUAUUAUUAUAAUAGUGUAAUUUCUUGGAGUUGGUAAGUAUUUCAAAACAGUUGAAAUGCUUUAUAAUGUAAAAAUCAAUAAUAAAAUAAAAUGAACUAUGAUCAUAAACAACAUAAUCAUAUAUUGUGAUUAUAAUAUGAUUGUAAAAAUCAUAACAAUUAUAAGUUAUGAUUGCCAUAUAAGAUAACAUAAGAUCAUAAUCAUUUUAAAAUAAUAACAAAGAGUAUCAAAUUAAAAUUAAAUUCAGAUGUUUUAAUGAUGAUAAAAAAUGAAUUCAUAUUACAAAGUUAUAAGAUUAAAAAUAAAAUGUUUGAUUUAAAUAUUAGAGAGAACAUUGUCUCCCUAGUAAGCAAUUUUUGAUGAAGAACAUAUGAUAAGCUAAGAUCUAUCAUCAUCAUACUUAUGAA